AGAAAGCAUACACGUACACCUAUGAGGUUGGUCAAUGAUUUGCUUGUUACUGUUCAUGUUUUUGUAUAAUGAAAGCAUCUUACUUUUUAAAAUAAAAUUUCUUGCAUCCUUAGUAAACUGCUGAUAAAAUCCAGACCUAUCAAAUCUAAAGUGGAAAGUAAAAUAAAAGGAACGCUCUGUGGCUUGAACAUAUUAGUCAUGUGCUUUCCUAUUGAUGUAUCUAGUGCCGUACAUGAAAUUAUUGCAAUAGAGGUGACAAUCCUUUUACAGGAAGUUGUGCCUAAUUGAGCCAGCUUUUUUUUUUUUUUUUUAAAUAAACUGCUUAUGUCAUUUUUUGCCUCUAAAUUUGGAAAACCACACACUAUUUUCCAUACGGAGCCCAAACAUUUAGUCCUACCCAUUUUUGUACAUAUUGGGACAGAGCUAUGUGUUGAGAUUGUAACACUAAGAAAGGAAUUUAUGCGUCGUGUCGUAGCUUGUACGUUGUUACUAUUUCGAGACGUUUAAGCAACAAUUCAAAAAGCGAUCGCCUAUGACGUGUAGAAACACCUACGAUCAUAUCAACCAAUGAGGAGUAACCGUAUUGACCAAUCAGAAUAAAAGAAAUAGACCAAUCGCGAGUGUCCUUUUUGACCAAUCACUUGCCAGCCUGGCUCGUCUUCCUGCUUUACUGAGUUUUGUUUUUUUUUACCCCCGGCGAGUGGAGUAAUAAUUAUCCAAUCCGAAUUUUUAAAUAAAAAAAGCACGGCGUAACCCGGGCGGGGUCCGCUUCGUUUACACCUCAGCAGGACGGACGGAGAUCAUGGGUGGCGUCAAACAGGAGCAGAAUGAUGCUCCGCAGCACGCUCGAGCCUCGCAAUCCACAGAACAGCCUCAAGACGAGCCUAAGAAGCGGGGAUGGCCCAAGGGCAAGAAAAGGAAGAAAGUGCUACCCAACGGUCCCAAGGCGCCAGUAACCGGGUACGUCCGCUUCUUGAAUGAGCGACGGGAAGUGAUGCGGGCUCGAUAUCCGGAUCUACCAUUCCCGGAAAUCACCAAGAGGCUCGGAGCAGAAUGGACGCGAUUAGCACCAAAUGACAAACAGCGUUACCUGGAUGAGGCAGAGCGGGAGAAGAUGCAGUACGCCCAGGAACUGAAGGAAUAUCACCAGACGGAGGCGUAUCAGAUCACCAGCACUAAGAUACAAGACAAGAGGAUUAAGAAAGAGGAUAAUCCCUCUGUAAUUAUCAGUGCCAGUUCAGGCUUGCCAAAGACAUCUGAGCUCCCAAGCAGGUUUGACAUCCCGAUCUUCACAGAGGAGUUCCUUGAUCAGAAUAAAGCUCGAGAGGCGGAGUUGCGUCGACUUCGCAAGGCCAACGUUGAGUUUGAGGAGCAGAACGCGGUGCUGCAGAGGCACAUCAAAGACAUGUACAACGCCAAAGAGCGCCUGGAGGCGGAGCUGAACCAGGACGAGAAGCGCACGCAGGCUCUUCACCAGCACUUGCUGGCCAUUAAGCAUACGCUUGUCAACAGCCUGUCUGUUGUGCCGCUACCAGGCACAGGCGAGACGGCGUCCCUCGGAAACCUGGAUUCGUAUCUCAGUCGUCUCAGCGGUGCGCUCGAAGGGAACCCUCACAAGCACCGCGCUUUGCUCACGCAGCUUUGUGACGUCCUCUCUCACCUGGACAGUGAGAAGUUGUAGGAAAGCAGCACAACCCCUGCCGCCUCCCAAGUCAUUCCUGCAUUCCGGACGAGUUUCGGGCAGAGCGUGGUCGCGCGCAUUCGGCGCCAUCUGAGCCGAUGGUGCAGAUGUCUCAAGGGAUGGAAAGGGCAGUGGCGUGAACACAUCGUUGGUCAGAGUGUGCACUGCUCCUCUUCUGUAGACAUUUGCGAGUUCAUUAAAAUGUGCAGAAACUAUUUCUAUUUCCUCUGCUUACUUUGUCAGUAAUAAUGAGUUUACAAGUAAUGCCGGGUGCCAUUGGUGGCUGGGAUCAUCUGUGUGUUAUUUUGGAUAAUUGAAACGUUGUAUGAAUUAUGCUUUUGACUUGAUCAUGGAAUGUUGUCAUAUCAUUUUAUAUUAUUUCUUGUGAACUAUAUUUGUAUUGUUUCCAAAAUGCUGUUUGAAACAGUGCUGAAAAUAUUUCCAAUAUAAGGUAAACAAUUUUC